CGGCUUAGUUUUUCUGGUCUUACCAGUUAAGACUAAAGCCUUGUGCCUUAAAGUUUCAAAACGCUGAUGCAUAAAUUAUAAUUAGAUUGAAAAUUUUUUCAAUUCCGAAAAAUUGGAUAUCCCUUUUAACCAAGAUAUAAAUACGCUGAGAAGCAUUUUUAAUAAUGAAAAGAAAAUGCUUAAAAAAACUGAUAUCCACGAUCAAGACUAUUUAUUUUAUGGGAUACUAGACUUCGUCAGCAAGGUUGAUGAGAACAAAACCAAGUAUAUCUUGAAGGACGAUUUCUUGAAGUGGAGGACUAGUCUUAUAAAAAAGGCAACAUAUUCUGAUGAAACCCCAAAUACGGCUUAUCAUUUUACAAAAAGCAUUUUACGAGCUUCAGAUUUCGAUGAAGCAAAGGCAAAAGAAAAGGAAGCUAUAAAAUCACUCCAAAAAGACGACAUUGAGUACAAGCAAAAAAAGAAAUGUUUGCAGCUACUUAAACUUCAAAGAAAGAGAUACAAGGAAAAAUUGCCUGAUGAAAACGAGUACUCUUUUAUUAUCAGUUAUUUUAGCAAAGUAUUUACCACUGUAUUUGACGCAAAAAAAAAUUUCUGGCAAUAUAAAUGGGGCGAGUUUAAAUUAGCCGCAUCGAAGGAAGAGGAAAACCUUGCCAAAACUGACGACCAAAAUAGGGCACAAGGCUCUUCAAUUGACUGUAUCGUAUCUUCAAAAGAACUAGGCUUGGAUUUUGUGUUGUUGGAAGUUUCUGGUUCGAUGGAUAAAGAAGAUUACGUUCACUUUCUGAAGGAUCGACUUAAGAUUGCAAAGAAUUUAAAAUACAUUUUCAAAAGUUGUUUUGCAUGGAAAACAAAAUAAAAAAUAAACCAAAAGUGAUACUGUUAGAACUUGGAUACCACUUUUAUUAUGGAC